AUGCCCCUGGACGAUGACCUCGUGUCCUCCUCCCCUGGACCAGGACAUACCCUCGAGGAGAACUUGCGCUACUACAAAAAGCAGUACGAGACCCUCGAAUCGGAGCUUGCGGACUUUCAAGCUUCCAGCAAGGAGCUUGAGGCCGAGCUCGAAAAGGAUAUCGAAGCCUCCGAAAAACGCGAACGCCAACUGAAAGACAAAGCUUCUAAUUUGCAGUAUGAGGUGGACGAAUGGAAGGCGAAACACAAACAAGCUAAGAGCGAAGCCGCCUCGGCGCAAAGCACUCUCCAGAAGGAGAUUACAGAGUUGCGCGACACCAACCGGACACUGCAACUGCGACUACGCGACACCGAAGUCGCCAACGACGACUAUGAACGGCAGCAAAGAAACACCGAAUCCUCGCUGGAAGACAUGGAGUCGAAAUACAACCAGACCCUCGAGCGCAGUGUCAUGCUGGAGGAAGAGAUGCGCGUUGGUGAGCAAGAGCGCGAGGCGCUCAGGAUAGAAGCACAGCGGCUGAAAGAUGAGCUCUCCGACAUAAACAUCGAGACUGAGAUAGUGAAGGAGAAGCUCGCCAAAGCCGAGGCGGUAAUCGCACGCCGACAUCAUCUAACGAUCGAUCCCGUGGCUUCGUCUGCAUCGCCGCGGUCUGAGCUGUCUCCAACGACCACGGACACCUCAUUUGACACGCCGCCUGCGAAGACGGCCUCUUCAUCAGCAGUUUCAGAGGCACCAACACCGCCCUCUCCGCCAGUAUCGGACAAGUCAGCUGCGCUCCCAAAACCGAAACCUCAUGGGUUCGCGACGCCCUCAAUACCGAGAUCGCGACCUUCGCUGAAUGGCAAUUUGCCAACACCACGCCAGUCGGCCUUCUCUGCUGUCAAGCCGAAUGCGUCCGGAGCCGCACAUAUACGAGGGUCUUCGGUCCAAGUUCCAGCUAUACAGCGGACUGUACCCUCCUCGACACAUGCGCGCCAGUCUCUGGGCCGGGCUGGAGGUAUACCACAGCGAUCUAGCCUUCCUCAAUCCCAAUCGAUUCUGCACCUGCGCAAUCUACGCAAUAAGAUGCAGAAUCUCGAAGCGAGGGUGCACACAGCUCGAUCCAAGUUGCCUGGCCCGGUCAACACACCGCCGAAAGCCUCGCCUCGCUCUGGUUCCGCAAUGGGCAACCAUGCCAUCCCCUCAUCCGUCACCGUCCGAAGCCGGAAACGAGCUGGCGGCUCGACAAUCAGCGGCGUCACCUCACUUGCAGACAGCGACGACACGCCAUCUGCUCCUCGUACCAAGCCCUCUCGGCAGUCUUUGACAAGUCAAUAUGCCCGCGACAUGCCUCCGCCAACUCCAACGCAUUCCACCUUCGGCCGAUCUGCACUUAACGAUAUGCCAGCACCGACAUCUCGACCGUCUUCACGUGGCGGUCCACAAACAUCUUCCCAGCAACCUUCCCGUCCCGAUUCACGAACCUCCACUCACAACCGCCACUCCUUCAUCGCAUCCCACUCCCGCCCCGGCUCAAGAGCAUCCAUCUCCAACCUUCGCGGCCUAGGCAACGGCGCCUCGUACGUCCCCAACGCAAGCACAGAUCGAGUUCGACCAAAAUCCGCGCUGUCCUCGCACGGGCCCGUGGGUUACGACGGCGCUUUCGAUGCAGACUCCUCCUCAAUGCACAACGGCGGCGACCCCGAUGAUUCCAUAAUGGAAGAAGCCGAGCCCGACGCAGACCCAUUGACGACUCCGACGCCACGGCGGACGAGUUUUCUGAUCAAGCCGUCAAGUCGCACUUCUGACAUUGGACUGUCUGCGAUCCCUAGCCCUGUCAAGGGGAGCAGGACUAGCAUCGGCGGAGUUGGGGCAGGAGGUCGUGUUCCCUCCAACAGUAUUUCUGGAAAGCGUAGUGAGAGUGCGCAGGGACAGUAUGCUGCUGCCACGGCCGCGUCGGCGUCGAGGAGAAGUGUUGCUGGGAAGAGGUCGAGCCUGAUUCGGCCGCCGAGCAGAGCUGCGGCUUCUGCUAGGAAGGAGAAGGAGACCGAAAAAGAGAAUUCUGCCUACGAUGUAAAUGAGACAUUCUGA